UUUCUUGAUAUUAUAUCCAUGUGUGAAAUAAAGAAUGAGGAAGUGCCAGUUGAACCCUAGAGAUACUGGAAUUUUGCUUUUAGUCAUGUAGUAUAGGUUCGUCCCCUAUCACGCGGUGACUAUAGAUGACUAUAGUAAAAAAAAUAGUGUUGUCAGAAGCGGUGCUAAUUAGCACUUGCUGGCUUCUCGCUAAGUAGCCAGUCAAGAAACAUCGCCUUAGCGGUAGCGAUGACACCUGCCGUGCUCCUUAUUUGGCUUGGCUGCUGCAUCCGCAACAAUCAUGCUUCUUCAGAAAUGCGACAGUCUGGCAUCUACAUAACAGUAUCCUCAUACAGCGGAUUUUGGAGUUAUGGACACUUCGAGAUUAAUUGGUUUGGUAUUCCUGAAAAAUACCUGGGAGUGACGUACGCCGUGCUGUCAAGGAAGAAUCCGCCGAGAGCAUAUUCUGACGUUCUCUCCAUCUCACCUGUUCUGCGACCUACCGACAGAUUUACGACAAGUGUUCCAGCACCGAGCUUUAAUGUCAGCACUUUGAUGAGGGGCGAAUGUCUCGGCUAUUGGGCUGUCAUACUGGGAGAAUCGCACAAGCCUUGGGAACCAGUCGUAUUGUAUUCUUCGUGCUUCACUCCUAAGCCUCGGUGGAUGCGGCAGAAUUGUUGCAAGCUCUCAACGCUUAGUCUUUUGGACAUGCUCAUUCCUGGUACGCACAAUGCUGGCAUGUACAACCAAAUGUACACGCAUCCACAUGAGGAGUACCUGUAUAACCAGGACCAAACCAUUGCGCAGCAGCUCGCAUAUGGCAUUCGUAGCCUGGAUUUGAGGGUACAGUACUCUGGCGGCGAGUUUUACGUCACCCACAGCAGAACGGCAGGGUGGCCCACCAUACGACAAGUUCUGAAGGAAGUUCGCGAAUUCGUGGAAGUGACCGGCGAACUUGUGCUUCUAGAUUUCCACAGAUUCACGAAGGGUUUUGACGAAGGACACGAUAACGUCCCUGCGCGGCAUUUGGAACUUGUGAACCUAAUUGUUACAGUAUUACGUGAUGUUCUUCUGGAGGGUCACGCCUAUGUAAUGAAGUUGGACAUAAUCUUGGAUGAAUGCAGGAACGAAACAAAGCCUCGCGGCCACGUGAUAGUGUUUUAUAAUUAUGAACAGUAUAAGGGACCAUAUGAACAUUACUUAGGGCCCGCUGUCGAGCACAGAUGGCCUAAUGCGCAAAGCCAAGAUGCCCUUAUGAGAUAUCUAAAAGAUAAAGCAUGCGUACGCGGAAGUGGUAGUAAUCUGAUUUCGAUAAUGGCAGAGCUCACGCCCUCUUUUCCAGCUCUUGUUAUUGGAAACCGCCGCGCGGCACAGUGGGUAAACCAUGACGUUACGGAAUAUUUCAGGCGAGAAGGACCAAACUGUUCUGGCAUUAUCGCCACGGACUACUUUUUAGGUAACGGGAUAAUUGAAGUAGCCAUUGAGGCUAACCUAGAGAAAGGGCGCGAAGGAUUAUUCGUAUAUCAAUAUCAACCUCAUAAGCACUGUAACGUAAGCGACACCGCGUAGGUACAUAUUUCGCAUUAGUCCCGUGCUGUUGGUAUUGUCAAAAUGAAAUAAAACACUUUUUGGCUGCGA